AGAAACCCGAAAGCCCGGGGAUCUGGGCACAACAGCGGUUACGCAAGCGCAGAACAAUUCGCUGGCUGCGCAAUGUCCUGUGGGUCGUGUAGUUUCUGGGCUGGGCAUGACCGGAAGAGAGGAGAGAAGAGCGCACUGCAUGGCGGGAGAUAUAGUCCUCCCGGGAAGUCCCUCCUUCCUCGGAAGCCUGGCGGCGCCGGCGCACACUGCUCUUCCUUAAGGGCGGGAGUCUCGGUUUGUGGCGGUUUCGAUGAGGCGGUUGUGGCCGCGCUACCGUUAGAAGCUCAAUUUCACGGAGGCUGUAAGGCCCUUUGAGGCGAAAUGGCUCCGGGCGCGAAAGGAGCAGGCGGUGGCAAAGGAAGGGCCGCCGCGGCCUCAGGCUGACCGUAGGGAGGGAUCCUGAGGGCUCUCCAAGUCCCCUGGGCUUGCCGCUUUCUUUCUUUGCCGCCAGCGUGCCUAACGCGAGGAUGAGCUCGGCCGCGGUCACCGCUUUCGAGAAGGAGCAUCUCUGGAUGUAUCUGCAGGCGCUCGGCUUCGAACCAGGCCCGGCCACCAUUGCUUGCGGAAAGAUCGUGUCGCACACGCACCUCGGAGUGAACAUGUUUGACAAGCUGAACCGUGAUGCCUUUCAUAUAGUUUCUUAUUUUUUGUUUCAAAUACUGGACCAGUCUCUCACCAAAGAAGUUUUCAAAUUUUGUUGGCCCCCAUUUGACCAAAAAAGUGAUACUGAAUUCCGAAAACAUUGCUGUGAAUGGAUAAAAAGGAUUUCUGGUGAAUGUGGAAGUAGCUUUCCUCAAGUUGUUGGUUCACUGUUUCUUUCUCCUGGUGGUCCUAAGUUUAUUCAUCUGAUGUAUCAUUUUGCAAGAUUUGUUGCAAUGAAAUAUAUUAAAUCCAGUUCUAAAAAUUCUUCUCAUCAUUUUGCAGAGACAUUUAACUUAAAACCACAGGACUUGAACAAAUGCAUUGCCAGAUGCCAUUUAGCACGUAGCAGAUUUUUACAAAUUUUACAAAGAGAAGAUUGUGUUACCCAAAAAUAUCAGGAAAAUGCACAAUUAUCAGUUAAGCAUGUACGAAACUUGAGAUCUGAAUGUGUAGGACUGGAAAACCAAAUAAAGAAAAUGGAACCCUGUGAUGACCACAGUAAUAUAGAAGAAAAAAUUCAAAAGGUUCGGUCUUUGUGGUCUUCAGUGAAUGAAACACUCACGUUUUUGGAAAAAGAGAGAGAAAUUGUUAGUUCGGUUCUUAGUCUUGUUAACCAAUAUGCUUUAGAUGGAACUAAUGUUGCUAUUAAUAUUCCAAGGCUCUUACUUGACAAAAUUGAGAAACAAAUGUUUCAGUUGCACAUAGGAAAUGUUUAUGAGGCUGGAAAAUUAAACCUCUUAACAGUUAUUCAGUUAUUGAAUGAAGUCUUGAAAGUAAUGAAAUACGAAAGUUGUCAGUCUGACCAAGCAGGAUUGACAGUAGACCUUCACUACCUUGAAAAAGAGACCAAAUUUCAGAAGGAAAGAUUAUCAGAUCUGAAGCAUAUGAGGUAUAGAAUAAAAGAUGAUCUCACAACUAUAAGACAUUCUGUUGUUGAAAAGCAGGGAGAAUGGCAUAAAAAGUGGAAAGAAUUUCUUGGUUUGUCUCCUUUCAGUCUAAUUAAAAGUUGGACUCCAUCUGUAGAUCUUUUACCACCAAUGUCUCCCCUUUCAUUUGAUCCUGCCUCAGAAGAAGUGUAUGCAAAGAGUAUUCUUUGUCAGUAUCCUGCUUCACUUCCAGAUACACAUAAGCAACAUAAUCAAGAAAAUGGUUGUAGAGGAGACAGUGAUACCUUGGGAGCUCUACAUGAUCUAGCCAACAGCCCUGCCUCUUUCUUGUUGCAGUCAGUUUUGCCAUCAGAUAAGAACAAUGUUACACUACUUGAAAAGGACACAAAGAUGAGAACUCCCAAAGAAAAGAAGGAAGCAAUUUCUAAGAAAAUACCAGAAUUUGAAGUGGAAAAUUCUCCAUUGUCAGAUAUUGCAAAGAAUACAGAGAGUAGUGCCUUUGGAGGGUCUCUGCCAACUAAAAUAAGUGAUGCAUUUCAAAAAGAGCAAGAUCAUCUGGUAGAAGAGGUUACCAGAGCAGUUUUAUCUGAUUCACCACAGUUCUCUGAAGGAAAAGAAAUAAAAUUAGAGGAACUAAUUGACUCUCUGUGUUCUAACCCCUUCUUAACAAGGAAUCAGAUUCCCCGCACUCCAGAAAACUUGAUAAAUGAAAUUAGGAGCUCAUGGAGAAAAGCUAUUGAAAUGGAAGAAAACAGAACUACAGAACCAAUUCAAAUGGAUACUGAGCAUAGAGAAGUAUUGCCAGAAUCAUCAUCUGUGUUGCAUGAUCAAAGAGAAUUUAGCAUGGCCGAUUUUCUCUUUGAAACCACUGUAUCAGAUUUUGGCCAGUCUCAUUCGACUGAAGAGAAAAAUGUUUCAGAUUGCAAGUGUGUGCCUCAGAAACAUGUUGUGACCAGUCACAUAGAUGAACCACUAACACAAAAUCAGUCAGAUUUGUUAAAUAAGAAAGUAAUUUGCAAGCAAGAUUUGGAAUGUAUAGCCUUAACUAAGCUUUCAGAAACUAGCCAAAUGGAGACAUUCUCCCCUGCUGUUGGCAGUAGGAUAGAUGUGAUGCGUGGCAGUGAAGAGGAGUGUACUAAAAUAUUGGACCACUUACAAGCUUCUUGUAACAAGCCUUCCACAGAUAAAACUACCUUGUGGAACUCUUUUCAAGUAUCAAGUGGAAUUAGUUCUGAGAGUUUUAAAGAUACUGAUUUUGGCAUAUUACAUGAAACUCUUCCGGAAGAAGUUGGUCACCUAAGUUUUAAUAGUUCCAGUAGUUCAGAGGCCAAUUUUAAACUGGAGCCAAAUAGUCCUAUGCAUGGUGGCAUUUUUCUAGAACAUGUUGUGGAAAGGAGACAGACUACUCCAGAAUCAGACGUCAAUAUUCAGGCUCUUUGCAGUAGAUAUGAGGCUCUCAAGAAAUUUCUUUCCAAGAAAAGGGAAGAAUCUUACCUCUCCAAUCCCCUAACGCCUGAAAGACACAAACCAGUAUUGAGCCCUGUUACCCAAAAUGUACAAACAAAGGAUAUGCUUAACUUUUUGGACACCCAUGAUUUGCAUACUGACCAUACAAAGCCAUCAUUACGCAUGUCCAUUGGUGAAAGAAAACAAUCUCUUUCACCACUAAUUAAGUUUUCUCCAGUGGAACAAAGAUUGAGGACCACAAUAUCAUGUAGUCUUGGAGAGCUACCUAAUUUAAAAGAAGAAGACAUUUUGAAUAAGAGCCUUGAUGCAAAAGAACCUCCAUCUGACUUGACAAGUUGAAGACGUACCUAUUUAAUACGACUGUGAUGCACUUAAAUUGAAGCUAUGCCACAGGAUAGAAACUGAUUUAUAACUUAAAUACAUGUUGGAAGUGUAGCACUGUUUUUCAAUGUUUAAAAAAAAAUUCCAAAUGCCUUUUAGCCUUCUUUAAUAUUUUUAGGUAAGGAAAAUAUGUUUGGAUUUUUUCUUUUUGUAGGUUUAUGAGAUUGAAAUGUGAAGUAUUUGGAAAGCAAAUGUCAAGCAAUGGGAAGCCAUUUUGAUUUCUUGAGUAAUCUUGUAAGCAUUAAGCAUAAAUGACAAAGUACUAGUGUAAUUCUUAUAACUUAAGUCAGUUAAUAUAAGGAUGAGUAGUUUUUGUUGUAUGUUCACUAAGUGGUUAAUAGCCAUUGAAUAUACUAAUUUUAAAUCUUAGGGAAGUAUACAACUUUCACUGUUUCUUUAUGGAACAUUCUGGCUAACCAGAAAAAGUGAGAAAAGUAGUGCCUUGGGAUGUGUAGUCAAGAUGACAAAUUUUAAGACUGGAAAAGCUCUAAACAGGCUUCAUGAUUAUUCAAGUAGAAUGAUCCCAAGUAGUGAUGUUUGGUAGAAUAAAGCGCAUGUGAUGAUUAAGUGAAGACUGGGGCGGAAUGAUUUAAAAAAAGGAAAAAGAUGGAAGAUGAGUAGACACUUGAAAGGAACACUGUCAAACUAUAAAUCCAUCCAGUGAGUUGUAUAACAUUUAUGUUGAGUCUAAUUUAGACUUCGAUAAUUUAACCCUAGCUUAAUAUUUUAACAAAAAAUAUAAAUUAAAAUUUUCAUUAGUCUG